ACUCCCCACCGGAGAUACUUCCCCUUCUUUCCUUUCUCUCACCAUUUCCUUCACCAAAAGUCAACGCCUCACACUCUCGCCUUCCUGCGAUCAUAAACAUCAUCAUGUCCGCCGAGCGUCCGCCAGUAACUUGCCACGUCCUCGACACUUCCGUCGGUAAGCCGGCGGCAAAUAUCCAGUGCACGUUAUCCCGGUUCUUGAAGUCGGCCGAUGGCUCCCCGUCUAGUUCCUGCUUUGAAGUGGCGAAGGCAUCGACCAACGAGGAUGGGAGGGUCGCAGCGUGGGAGAUGAGGCAGAAGGGGGUCGCGGGGAAGUUGGUGCUCGAAGAGGGAUUCACCUACAAGAUUAGGUUCGAGACUUGGGAGCAUUUCAAGGGGGAAACAUUCUUUCCGUAUGUUGAGGUGGUGUUUACGGUCAAGGAGAUAAACCAGCAUUAUCAUAUUCCCCUAUUGUUGAGUCCUUAUGCGUAUAGUACGUAUCGGGGGUCAUGAGUUGGGUUUCCACGGUAGAAAUAUUGGGAUUUGGUACUGGGAGCAAUGCAGGAAUAGGCGGGUGGGUAAUGUUUGCUUAUACGGUCAUAUUGGGAGAAUAAAGCGCUAUUUUUACAAAAA